AGAUAUCGUAGACCGCGUAUGCGUAAUUUUGACAAUGGUGUACGAUGGCAAGGGUGAAAUUUAUAAAAAAUAUCCAGAUAAAGUACUCCCAUUAAUAGAUCACUCCGAUUCAGUGAUCAGAAUGUUUAUUUUGAGGCAAUUAUUGCUUUCGUCUAACGAUGAAAAAAUGCUUCCUUCAUUAAUCGCAGAUGUUAAUUUAAUAGUUGCAGUUAUUAAUAGAAUAAGCGAAAAAGAUGAAGUAAUUUGUGCAGUAGCCAAGAAUUUCAUCACACAAAUUGGACAGAAUCCGAAUGGAGUAAAAACUUUAUAUCAUGGAGAACCUUUGAGAACGUUGGCCAAACUUGUCGUUAAAAAUGACCAUGUUAGUUUUCAUGUUUAUGACGUUAUAAUAAGCAUAGCCACAAUUUCCAAGGAAAAUUUAGAGGCGACUAUACAAUCGGGAUUUUUGAGCAGCCUCAUCAAUAUUUUGCAAGAUAAUGAUAUAUUAUUGCAAUUGAAUGCCAUAAAUUCACUUACUCCAUUGGCUUUGACCGAAGAAGGUUUGAAUUAUCUGGAACAACAAGAAGUUUUGACAGGACUUUUUCAGAAAAUGACGUAUACCGAUGAAAAGCCCAUGUCAAAUAUUUUCACUCGUAAUGUCAUGAAAUUUUUUGGAAACAUUGCACAAUUGUCGCCAAAUGAAAUGUUCUUAAAAUAUCCAGCUGUAGUCUUAGCAUUGUUUAAAAUAUUAGAUAAUGAAGAUCUAGUUUUUUUAGAUGUUGCAUUGGAUACGCUAGGAUACAUUGCAACAAAUAUGGAAGGAAAAUAUGCAUUGCAGACAUUGGGAGAUUCUAUGUUAUUUGCAAUGAAGAAAAUAGCUGAAAUUAUUCAAGGAACGCGUACAACUUUAAAAAUCUCCGCUUUGAAUAAUCUUAAUUUUUUAAUAAAUGUACCAAAGACUGAACAAGAUAAUAGAAUUUUAUCUUUAACAAAAUCAUGGUUUAACGCUCUUUGCGAUGAUCCAUUAGGAUUGAUAGUCAAAAUGUCUAAACAACCGUUCAUUGACAUCAGAUUUGCUAGUUUAGAAGUUCUAGUAACUGUGGCAUCUCAAGCAUGGGGUCAAGAGUAUAUAUUUGAUUCUCCAGGUUUGAUAGAGUUUCUCUUAGACAGAAACAUUGAAACCUUCAAAUUGUGUAAGGAACUGAAAUACAAAAUUGUUCAAUGUUUGUCUGAAGCGGAAUCGUAUGUAUUCGAGGCUGGUACCAUGAAAAAAUUAAAACAGUUCGUUAACGAAGGCCCAUUCUACGUUGAAACCUAUACAGAAGUUGGAUUUGAAAGUGCCAUGUAAAAUAAUAAUGUUAUUAAUAAGUGUAGAUUAUAUCGUUAAAUAUAUCAUUUCUUCUAAUAUUUCAUACAAA